UACUUCAGUGUUCCUUUAGGGCUCUGUACAUUUGUAAAUAAAUAUAUUUAAUCAUAUAGACAUUUGUUGUAAAACGUUUGUUUCAUUCAAACAUUACUGAAACUAUAAUGUGUCUAGUGUUGCUCUUUUUUCUUUUUUUAAACUAUUUUACAGUUGAAAAACAUGCAUAAUCAUUUAUGUGUUUAAAUUAUAUAUAUGUGUGUAUCUAUUUAAUUUAUUUUGCCGAAUUAAAACAAAUUACAGCUAAAAAACUGGAUUUUUGUUCCCAUUGGAGUGAUCCAUCUUGCUCCUCGACGAUCUCUGCCCUCGCCUCGCUCGCGCGCCUGAAAAUAGAUCCAGCAGCUGGGUUUGGUCCGGCCGUCCUCCGCUGCGCUCCCACCGGGUCCCGCCGCGCGUUAACGGACGCUUAUCGACGCUGGUCGCCGGAGGAUUUACGGACGAGUCCCACCGGGUCGAACCGGUCCACUUUCAGACUCCGUUCUUCGUGAAAUUCUUCCGCCGUCAGUUCGUUCUGUUUUGUUGUUUCUUCCUCCGCAGCUGAAAGAUGUCUGUCGCGGGGCUGAAAAAGCAGUUCCACAAAGCCACCCAGAAAGUCAGUGAGAAGGUUGGAGGAGCCGAAGGAACCAAACUAGACGAUGACUUCAAAGAGAUGGAGAAGAAGGUGGACAUCACCAGCAGAGCGGUGCUGGACAUCAUGACCAAAACCACAGAGUACCUUCAGCCCAACCCAGCUUCCAGAGCCAAGCUCAGCAUGAUCAACACCAUGUCCAAGAUCCGCGGGCAGGACAAGGGACCCGGAUACCCGCAGGCGGAGACCAUCCUGGGAGACGCCAUGUUGAAGUUUGGACGAGAGCUGGGAGAGGAGUCCAGCUUUGGCAUGGCCCUCAUCGAUGCGGGGGAGUCGAUAAAGGAGCUCGGGGAGGUGAAGGAUGCUCUGGACAUGGAGGUCAAACAGAACUUCAUCGACCCGCUGCAGAACCUCCACGACAAAGACCUGAAAGAGAUUCAACAUCAUUUGAAGAAGAUGGAGGGCCGUCGCCUAGACUUUGACUACAAGAAGAAGCGCCAGGGCAAAGUUCAGGACGAGGAGAUCAAACAAGCGCUGGAGAAGUUCGACGAGAGCAAAGAGAUCGCAGAGCAGAGCAUGUUCAACCUGCUGGAGAGCGACAUCGAACAGGUGAGCCAGCUGGCAGCGCUGGUCCAAGCUCAGUUGGAGUACCACAGCCGAGCCGCCGAAAUCCUGCAGCAGCUCACCAGCAAGAUGGAGGACAGGAUAAAAGAAGUGUCCAGUAAACCCAGGAAAGAGUACAGUCCCAAACCCAGAAUGACCCUGGAGCUGCUGCCCCCCAGCGAGAGCCACAACGGGGGGAUACACUCUGCCAAAUCCCCCGGAAGAUCACCAGCCCCCAUGGACCAGCCAUGCUGCCGAGCGCUCUAUGACUUUGAGCCAGAGAACGAGGGCGAGUUGGGCUUCAAGGAGGGCGACAUCAUCACCCUGACCAAUCAGAUCGACGACAACUGGUACGAGGGCAUGAUCAACGGCCAGUCGGGCUUCUUCCCCAUCAACUAUGUGGAUAUUCUGGUGCCGCUCCCUCAUUAAGUCUGGCGGGCGACCUGGUGCUCGCCUCUUUGCAAUCCAGACACCCAGAAAACAACCUGCAUUUACAAAACAAACCACGCCCUUUCUCUUCUUUGUAUUCUUCUUCUGUGCUUCUCUGCGAUUCUGCUUUCACACGGCAAACUGAAAUGGAAAACAGCCGGACAACACAAAAUCAUGACACUGAGAUGGGGAAAAGGAUGCUAUCUCUAGGAUGCAGAAGUCUGUAAGAGAUGGAAGACGAAGAGAUCCUUUACAGGGCGUGGUUCAGCCUGGCAGCACGGACACCAAUGAUGCUGUGGAGAAACGAGGCACGGUGUUGAUGUAUGUGCAUGUCUGUGUGUGACCUGUUCGUGCUCUGUUAUGAUGAAGCCAGCACAAACUCCUGCUUGUCGGUCAACUGCCUAACAGUUUCUGCUGUUGUUUUUUUGUCGUCUUCUUACCUUUCCAGGAGGAAACGGUCUUUUCUACCUUGACUUUCCUUCUUUUCUUAAAUCCCAUCACAGCUGUCUUUCUUGCCUUCUUCUCUCAUUCCUCUGGCUUGUAUUGCCGUUAGGAUCUGCAGAUCUCCAACCUCUGUUGCUGAGAACAUCUCACCCACUUUUAGCUAUUUCUCUUAGCGUGUCCUGCUGUUCUUAGAACCAGCGUAAGUUGAGGGGUCGCAUGCAUGAACCAGACCAAUCCAAACCUGAAGUGAUCAGACUCUGGGGAAACUCGGGUUCCAGGAGUGCAUGGCUGGAAUGAAGACAUACCUGCAAUAAGUCAGUGUUUUCAGGACGAAUAAAUGAACUUUUCGUCACUUUUUGUGACAUCCGUUUGCCUUGUAUUAUAGUUUUAGCGGGCUGUUACUGGAUCUAGAAAUUCAUUCAGCUAAGUAAACACAGUCAGAUGGAGGGACGCUUUUCCAACCGGCGGGUGAAACCGAGCAGCUUUCAACAGGCUGCCGGAUUUGAUUAUGUUCUUAUCUAAGUAACUUAGAUAGUAUUCAGUUACGUUUGUUGGUUUGUACUCUGUGGACUCGGUGCUCGUCAAUUUGUCUAAUCUGUGGCUUUUGCAUGCAGGAUGUGCUACCAGGCUAGGCGCCCCAAAAAUGUCGUUAAGCCCAUUUAGGAUUUGCAAAUGUGACUUUCAGGUGCAGAUGAUUGCUGAUGUGCAGCUGCCUGUCUUAAGGGCACAAUGUUGAUUUCACCAAGUUUUUUUUGUCUAAACACAGAUUAUACUGAGUUUAAAACACACAAAAGUCUAGAGGAAACUGUUGCGUCUAUGAUUAUUUAUUGUAAAUUCUUGACAUUCUACCGAAGCUCUUUAACCAUUUACACAAUUAACAUAAUUCCAACACAUUCUGAAUUAGAGAACAGUAGCUUUACCACAAAACAGAGACGCUUUUCUUAGUCUAUUGUUGCUUCAGAAUCCGUUGGAAUUGCUUAAAUGGUCAAAGAAUUACGGUAGUUUGAAGAGCGUGUUAUUUUGCAUCGCUGGCGCCAACUCUGCUACUGAAGGGUUAAUGGACCUCUCUAACACAUUCGCACUCCCAAGACGUCACAUAUUGACGUUUGAUUGAGGACCCCUCCGUGUCAUGUUUUUUGACGUCCUGGCUAUUGCAAUAAAUCAGGUUCCCAGCCUUUAGGCCGGUAACUGGUCCAGUACCAUGACGUGGAGUGCAUCUAUCCUCGAACCCGGUACCCUAACCCGGCACCAGAUGUAGUACCUAAUGUGGUACUGUACCCGAAUUGGAGCCAGAUAGUGGGUUAAGGUUAGCGUACGUGUACUGGGUUAGGGUACCGGAUUUGGGUACUGGUACCCUAGCACUAUUCCGGCACUGGACGUGGUACCAGACACAGACCAUACCUGAACCAGUACCAGAUGCAGUACUGGGUGUAAACCAGUACCAGGUUAAGGUUAGUGUAGCGGGACAGGACGCAUCCCGAGGACCAGUCCGCGGCCGGUACCGCAUUUGGUACUGCGUCCCAAGGGUUGCGGACCCUUGAUUUUACGAACAGCCAGCAUGUCAAAAAACUAAGAGUUAAGGACACUCAAAACCUCAAAAGUCAAACGUCAAUAUGUGACGACUCGGGAUGAGAAUGUGUUGACGUUUCCCAUAGUCAUAAUGUUCAAAUAUUGCGAUGUUGGAUUUUUCCUCUAAAAUCUGUAUUGAAAAAUGAUUUCAUGUUAAUAAUCGGAGCAAAAUCGUCCAAGACACUUUCAAAAAACAGAUUUUCCAAACUUGUUCGAACAGAAUUUACACACAACAAUGAAAAAGAAAAGCUUUUGAUAUAAAAACUCUGUAAAGUUGCAGGUCAUAAACUUAUAGAUGUUUUGUUUUUUCAUGCAUCUCCUAGAUUAUGCUGAACAUAAGAAGUCAGUGCUGAUAAAAUUUUAUAAUGUUCAUCAUCCUUAUUCAUUUUCAUUAUCAAGUAUUACUGGUAUCAGCAUUGUAGUUUUUCCAGACACUCCAUAAAUCUGGUUCUGGUUUUUGAAAGUCUGUUGAAGAUAUGCUAUUGACGUUGAUAGCUGGUAGAAAAACAAACUCUCACCAGAAAGUUGAAACCUCUCGUUUAUGUAAAACAUCUGUGAAACCAGAUUAGUAUUUUUACAGAAAUGAUAAACAGCUUCUGAGAUAUAGCAAUCGAUUAAAGAUUGUAGCCUUUGCACUUGUUAACUGUUGCUGGUAAAAAGUUGAGGAGAUGUUUCUUGGUACUGAGGAGGCGUUCUGUAGCUGGUUUGGGAAUAAAAAUGUGUUGUUAAGUAGCAUAGUCUGCAGCUUUAGGUGGUCUCUAUAGACGAUAAAAAGCUUCUUAUUGUGCAAACUAGCAGAGAAAGUCAUUUACAAAAAAAUCCAGUGUGCUCUAAAUGUAAAUUGUUUUAGAUUUGAACUUUGAACAUUUAAGCACAUGAAUGUGUGUUGGCAUUGCUAUCGCUAACAUUCCAGAAGUGGCUAAUUGUUAGCUUUUCUCUUCAAAUGAGCAUAUCUCAUGUACCAGGAAUGGCUAAAGCCAUCAAAUUAGCAUAGCUAGUUCUAAUAUGCCAUGACGACCCUGCCCAGUGCAUUGUGGGAAGUAAUGUUUUGUUUCGAUUUUCACCACAAUCCAGUGUGUUUCUCACAGGGGUAAUGUCGCACUGAGAAAGACCUAUUGACAUCAGACUGUACUAUUUUGUCUGCCUCCUGUACUUCUGAUCUUGUGAUGUAUGAGGAACGAGUCAGCUAAAGGUUAUACCUCCUAGGGGGGAUGAUGCAGUGGUUGCUAGCACCCUGCUAGCUAGCAUCUUUGAGUUGCAUUCUGUUAUCACGACAGUGGAAAUCCCACUUCUGACACCAGUGUGGCAGUCUUUUUAAUUAGACCGAUGCUAGGAAUUAGAUGAAGCAAAACUCAACUAACUAUGCUAGCUAGCAAGAUGCUAACAACUACUGCUUAAACCGCACUAGAAAGAAGAAUGUUGAGCUGACUCGUGCCCCAUGAACCACACGACCCCGAGUAGCCAGGAGUACAGAAGAUGCAAGAAAAAUGGCACCGUCCAAUGUCCUUAGUAGUGACCGCAACUUGUGGUGGCAACCACAACAAUACAGAGAAAAUUAUUACUUCCCACAAUGCAGUGGACGAGGUCAUUAAAAUAUUAAAAAAUAAAAGUUUGACUUUUUUUUAAAUAUAUUUUUUAGUGAAUUUUAAUUCUCCAGAUACGACCAGCUGUUACAAAUACAUAUAAAACGUGCAUUUAAAAUGCUUUAUAUUGUUUAAAAAACGUCUUGGCUCUACUUUUUAUUAAAGUAUGCAUAUAGUCAAUACAUUUUUUAACAGCAUAGCAUGUAGAAACAGAGUGGACCUUAUGAAAAUAUACAAACUCACUAAGAUUAUUUACAGUAAAUAGAGUGGUAAAUGACAAAUAUAUGACUCCAGAUUACAACAAUUCUUUGAAACUGAAUACUUAACCGAAUAGACAAAUAUUUUCACCUGUUAUAUUUGUGUUUCUAUAUAAAGUGUAACCGGAUAAAGUUGUUUUUGCACUAUUUGUUUGGAGAACACAAAGUUCAACACUUAGUUUAAUCAAAACAAAUUUAUGUUACAUUGAAACAAGUGUCACAUGUCCAAUAUCCUGAAUGAGUUCAAAGGAAACAAUAAACACGAACAAGGCAAUACAUUCUGGUUUAACAAUUACAUUUAAUUUGUGGUCAUUUUCAAAAAACACUAUUGCAAAGUGAACAUUCCUUUUGCAGGUGGUUCUAAAAAUCGGAAAUUUUCCAGACCUGUUUGUAAAAAGUGGUUGAGAUGUAAGGAGAUGGUUUUCCAAAAAUCCAAAAACAGAAAGUUAACAAGACAAACUAAAGCAGGAAAAUGUUGGUUUUGCUACUUUUUUUAUUUAGUAAGUUUCUGUUGUGAUUUUGUUUACACUUUUUAAAAAUUAUUUUCACCAGCUUGGCCCACAUUCAUGCAGCCUUUUGCUUUAGUGCUUUAAGACUUCAUUCUGCUGACCCUGUUUUUUUUUUUUUUUUUAAACUAGUUCAUGUUUUUCUCUGUUUGCUGAUUUGCCCUCUAUGGCGACAUGUAUUCUAACCUCAAUGAGGGAUUGUACAGCGUUUCUGUGUUUUCACCGUCUGACAGUCAGACCUCGACCACAUUGGCCCCCUCCGCUCUCUCUCUCUGAAAGCGUCGGUCCUGUCUCUGUAGCGAAGCAGAUAUAUAUUUAUAAACCAUUGAAAACAGAAGUUUAUUCUAGCGUAAAGGCUGUAAGGAUUUUCUCGCUUUGCAUUUAUGUUAAAACAUUUAAGCAAAGCAGAGUCACUUCCUCUAAGCGGCAGGUUUUCUUCCUGUACUCGUCCCUAUCGAGUACAGACGUCUCAUACAAACGUUAGUAGGACAAGGACCUAUAAUGUUUCACAUUAACCAUAAAAAGUCUAGUUUAGUAUAUCAUUUUCACUUCCAUAUUUUUUAAAAGUUCAUCUAUUUUAACAUCUUUUCUUUGGUAGCCAGUCGGCCUCCUGCUGGUCCGGUUUCUGGGGCGCGAUAAUGUGGCCGCGGUCUGACCCGCGUUAAACUAUAUGGCUGUAAACAUUUCAAAGUGAAUAAGAAGCAGCUCCAGGCCUUACAGAACCUGCUGUCCUCUGGUGAGCUACCUGUGUGUAUGUAAAUAUAUAAACACCUCGUUGCUAUUUAUUUAGGUGUUGUAUGUAUUUAUUUGGUUAAUUUAUUCCAGCGUCCUAUUUAUUGGUCAGGCACCUGUGGUGUAAUUGACGGUCGUUGACACAUUGCUGUGUAAUGUGGAGGAGGGUAGACCUUUGGGGGAGGGGCUGGUUGAUGGGGGGAUUUGGGUGGAUGGAUGGGUUGGUCAUGGGGUACAAAGCUAGCUGUGACACUAACUGUUGCUCUCCUCGUAUUGGACAAAGAUAUACUUAAAGACCACUGUAUGUAUAACUGCUUGUCGUGGAGAUGAAGUACAAUCUAAUGACAAUAAAGCAUAAACACUAUCA